GUGUGCAAGAAGAAUUUAAAUGUUUUACCUGUUUAUUAGCAACAAUAAAGCAGGUUGGAUUAGUUCAACUACAAGCUGGUUUAAAUGGGAGCCUAAAUUUUGAAAGAGCAACAUUGCCCUAUUACUUAAGUUCACCUUUUUCAAGGGGCAGUUUUUUGUAAUUGGAUGAGGGAUUAGUGUUGAUUAUACUGUCAAUUAGUGUUGAUGACACUGAUAAGUUCCCUGAUUCAGUUCAACAGGAGAGUUUGGGGUAGUGGAGAACACUCACAAGAAAUACUAAGUCAGAACCACAUAACCAUGUUGACUCAUUAUAAGUGUGUAAGUAUUAUAUACUACUCUUAAUCAGUAGCUUAAGUUACAAAAAUAACUAUACAAGUUGUGAAUUAGAGGUAGGUAGGAUAUUUUAACCAGUUCACAUAUCAAGUCCCUGUUACCUCAAUGGUAAUUGAGGGGAGUUGGGGCUUUCCUCACCACUAAUCAACCAGUUAUAAUUUGUUAAGAGUAUUAUUUUAAACAAUCUUGCAGAAAGCAACUUUUGUGUACCAUUAGUUAGAAUUCUUGGGCUGUUAUCAAUAAAAAUAUAUACAUAAAAGUAAGUUUGCUGUCUUAACAUAGGGUAUUGCCUCCAUGUUUUUCUGUGCUGCAUGACUAUAAAUGAACAUGAAAAGUUCCUGAGGUGGUGAUCAAGGCAUUCAGGUUCUUAAACUUAAGGUUCUGGCACGAGGCUUCUUUACUGUACCCCUUUGAUAUUUUCAGCAAAUGUGAGCUGAAGGUUUCUCUUUGUAACAAUUAAUAAAGAAGAAAGUAAAACUGAUCUGUUUACUUUUUCCUUAUACCUUUCAGCUUGAAAUUCAACCUGCACUGUAAGGAGAAAUUCCUUUUUGGUCACUCCUGCAGAGUAUCAAAUUUUUUAGGGGAGUUAACAUGCUGAUCACACCCUAAAAUAAUGAGGUUUGACCACUUUACUCUUAAAUAAAAGCAGACAGGUGAUAAGAAUUAUGAAACUUAUCCUCUAGAGGAGAUUGUCUUGACAAAGGACCACAUUCUAAAGAAUGGCUAGCAAAGAAAAGCAUGCUAUUCCUUUGAAGAAUUAACUUUCUGAUCGUGAGUAAAAGGGUUGAAUAUGUGUGAAAAGUGAGUCUACCCCAUAGCAUCAGCAUUGCUGGAAUUUUAUUGUCUAUUUGAAUGCUGAAACUGACCUCAUUGUUUGUUUGUUUCCUUCUCAAAUUUCUUUGAGCCCAAAUAGCUGCUAUUGUGGAUACGUCAAUGAUAUGAGAUUUCAUGCCUCCCCCCCAAUUAAAAACACUCAAAGUAAAGUGAGGGAAGUGGAUGACUCUUUGUACCAGCCAAUGAGUGAAGGUGGCCACAAUUGGUGAUUCACAGUUAACUUUUAACAAUAAAAAAGAAUCAAUCAUUUUCAAAACUAUCUUCUGCCCCCUCAAAUUAAAAGCACAAAUUACAUCUAACUGACCUGGUUUUAAGAAUCAUGAAUCAAGCCAAAUCUGGUUUUGAUUAUAGGUGUCAUCGUGGUAUAAAAAGCACUAAAAAAACGUUCAACUUGUUGAUACUCCAGUAUGUUAAACAAAAUAACACUUCCCUCCAUAUCUUCAUAAAUGUCAAUUGGGAAAUAUCUGUACCAAUUUGGUGAUGAUUGCACAGAUACAACUUAAAAAUUGAAGGUGGAACACCAGAAAAGCACAGGAAAUGCAUAAUUUUCAUAAAUAAGUUAAUAGAGUCAAGAAAAAUAUGGUCAAGCUAGUUUUUCGCACAAAACCCACUAUAUUGGUAAAAAUUAGUCAAAAUGUGUAUGUUCAAAGUCUUUUCUGGGUUUUCUUUGCUUUUUUCAUUCGGGUUGAUUGCAAGGUCAAUUCUCUUUCUGUGAUGUUCUUGUUCAGUAUUUUGUAGAUUUUCAAAAUGGUGGCAAGUGUCACGGGCAUCCUAUAUCUCUAACCUACAUUUGGAGCCAUUGAGUUUCCAUCAGAAUUCAUCCUUGUGUACAUAAUGAAAUUAAAACCACUCGCUACAUCGCCACAGCUAUUCAGCCCACUCAAUCUCCCAACUUGGGCAGUAGUCUUUGUAAUACACUUGACACUGACAAGUCUGGAACCACUUGCUCUUCACUUAAACUCAUUUCAUUCAUGGUGAACAAGCAUAAACAAGUCCCCAGAUUUUGCAAAAUAACACCCAGGUCAAGUACUAAGCCAUUCCCAGCUGAGAUAACAACUAUAAGAAGGCAAUGAUUGGCGCGAUUUGAUUCUCGUGUUCAGUUAAGUUUUCAUGACUGUAAUACUCACUUUUGAGGCCUGGAUGCUCAGGGAGGAGAAAUUUGAAUAACUCCAAUAUCACAUGGAACUCUAUUUACAGUUUAGCGCCGAAAGAUGGGAAAACAACUAGUUACUUUUAUUAUUAUUUUUUUUUUACAGCUGGUUACCACGGAAACGGAAAAGCAAACUUCCAAACGACUCAAUUUUUGACUCUGCAAGAGAACUUGUUAUCAUGAUAGAUUUUUGAAAGGUCUUCAAGAAACACAUUUUCGCGAGAAGUUUUCAACUUUUCUAAUUUCGAAACCAAGGACCCCCUUAAGUUUACUGCUUUUCCAAGAAAUAGGUCCACGUAUGAACAUAUUAUUUCGCGUUUCUACGUGAUGCUAUUUGAACGGGAGUCUGGAAAGGAAUAAAUGGGGGAUUUUCACAGACCCCUCUCAGUUUUACGGUUGCGUCGGAACUGCUUCCAUCAGCAACAGUCGUAUCUUCCCUUCGAGACUCUGGAGCAGCUGCUGCACUCAUUGCAUGAUUCUUUGUUCCUGUUUAGGGACACUGGGUCGAGUUUACUUGUCACGUGAUCACAUAUGCCCCUGCUGUUGUGGUUCAGAACCAAGAGAUUGUCAACAGUUUGUAGUCUCUUCUCGGAACUCAAAAUCUUUCACUCGUUGUUUUACUUGUCAGGAAGCCUAACAGAACUUUUUUACCGCAGGUGCCAAGCCCACGCGUGAAACACUGUGAGAGCGCAAACAACGUCUAUACUAAACGUAUUUUUUUAAUCUUGGGAUUGUCUGUAAAGUUCCCAAUCAGAUUCCAUCACAUCUGCUACUCAAGUACUUUGUCGUCCCAGAGUUUUUUCACUGGUCACCGCUACAAGCGACUAUAUAUAAGGAGGAUGUCUUCACAAGACCGAAAGUACUUCCGCUUUCGUUUCUGCCGAGCUCUGGCUCUACUUUUCCUGUUUACAUCGCCAACGAAGUCGGUCAGCUUACCAGAAGGCUGUCUUAACCUAGUGAGUGCCUUGAUUACAUCCAAAUCAGACGAAGAGUUCAACAAUUACCUCAAGCAAUGCCUGGCUUCAGUGGACUGGAAACAGUUAGGUCAGUUAUCUAACUUCGCCGUCCAAAACUUCCAAGACGUGAUCGAGAAAAUACCACCUGAAAUUGCAAAUUCUGCAAAAGGAAAUUUUUUUCUCACGUCUGUGUAUUUAAUAUGCUUAAGUUAUAAACUGUACUAAGAGGUUGUGAGCUUGGCUGAAAACUACGAGGAAUAUCGGUCUAGAUUCAAAGAGUUACAGACAAAAAUGGAACCCGUAUUUCAAGGUAUAAUAACAAAACUUUACUUAGAGCCAAGUGGCAUUGACUUUACCACGAUGCACGCGAAAAUUGAGAAUGUACUGGAGAUGCUGAAUCCUGUUUACACCGAGCUCGAGCAACUUACUGAAGACGUGAAAAGGGACAUCAUCAAAUGUCGACAGAAUAAAGGCUUGGCCAUCGGAGGCGUUUAUGCUGCGUCAGCCGUCGUUUGUUUAGCCGCUCCUUGGAGUGUAUUUUCGAAAUGUGUUCCUGCCAUUGGAAGUGCUGUUGCUCUCAUCGCAUAUUUCAAUUCUCUUAACGAAACCCACGAAAACCUGAACCAGUUGCAGAAGGACACGAAAAAGUUACGUCGAGAUUUUGCCCAGCAUCGAGCUCAGCUUCAAUUAUCACUUGCAUUGAUGAAAGGGCCAGCAGUGGACAUUCACAUUCGAAGCGAGGGUUGUGAAGAUCUAGGACGAACUGAAGUUUCAAACUCAUGUGGCUUCACUAAAAUCGAGGUGAAUGGAAAGGACUUCUGUCCUCAUGGCAGGGGAUAUAACGUUGUAGUUGUUGAUGGCAGAACAGGUACGAUGAUAUAAAAACAACUGGGUCCUUGACUCCGUUAACUUAGUCAGCAUUUUCCUUAUGGCUGAUCUUUAUAAUCUUACCCAGUUCAGAGUCUUCAGCGAAAUGGUGUAACAGCUGCCAUUUCCAAAUUCUGCUUGUCCCUUCAAACCGUUUGUUAAGGACACUAGUAAAAAGGCUAAUUUUUUUUAUUGAUUGUUGAUUAGUUCACCAAUUUCAGGACGAUCCUAAUAAGAUACGUACCUAGUUACAAUGUUUAUCUGUUUUUCUGUAUUUCUAUUGGUUUUGUAAUUGGACCUUUCAGCGUCACCACGCGCAUAUAAAAGACAAGUUUAGCGUCCCUUUAAUCAGUUCUUCGUAAGUUGUUUUGAAUAGUCUUAGUAAACUUACGCCCUUUCGUUUUCUCAACCUCUGGCACGAGAGGGACCGAUAUGUGAGUACCUUUGUUUUUUCUAGUCUAGUAUUUUCAG